AGUGGAAGGCCUGAAAGUAGUGGAGAUUGAGAAAUGCAAGAGCGACAUUAAAAAGAUGAGGGAGGAAAUGGCAGCAAGAAGCAGCAGGACUAACUGUCCCUGCAAGUACAGCUUUUUGGAUGAGAACAAGAGGCCGACUCCCCGGCGGGAUGUACCAUCCUACCCAAAGUACAUGCUGUCCCAGGAGACCAUAGAAGCGCUGAGGAAACCAACCUUCGAUGUCUGGCUGUGGGAGCCCAACGAGAUGCUGAGUUGUUUGGAACAUAUGUACCAUGACCUUGGGUUGGUAAAAGACUUCAACAUCAAUCCUAUCACGUUAAAGAGGUGGUUGCUGUGUAUUCAUGACAAUUACAGAAACAACCCCUUUCAUAAUUUCCGGCACUGCUUCUGCGUGACCCAGAUGAUGUACAGCAUGAUCUCCCUCUGCAGCCUCCAGGAGAAAUUUUCCCAAAUUGACAUCUUGAUUCUCAUGACUGCCGCAGUAUGCCAUGACUUGGACCAUCCAGGCUAUAACAAUACCUAUCAGAUAAAUGCACGAACUGAGCUUGCGGUACGCUACAAUGACAUCUCCCCACUGGAGAACCACCACUGUGCUGUGGCUUUCCAGAUCAUUUCCCAGCCAGAAUACAACAUUUUCUCCAACGUCGACCAGGACCAAUUCAAACAGAUAAGACAGGGGAUAAUUACGUUAAUCCUGGCUACAGACAUGGCGAGACAUGCAGAAAUACUGGACUCUUUCAAGGAAAAAAUGGAAAAUUUUGAUUACUCAAAUGAAGAACACAUGACCUGUCUGAAGAUGGUACUGAUAAAAUGCUGUGAUAUCUCCAAUGAAGUCCGCCCGAUGGAAGUGGCAGAGCCCUGGGUAGAUUGCUUACUAGAGGAAUAUUUCAUGCAGAGUGACCGAGAAAAAUCUGAGGGGCUUCCAGUGGCACCGUUCAUGGAUCGUGACAAAGUGACCAAGCCGACAGCACAGAUCGGCUUCCUGAAGUUUGUUCUCAUCCCCAUGUUCGAAACAGUGACAAAGCUGUUCCCAGAAGUGGAGGAGGUGAUGCUCCAGCCCCUUUGGGAAUCCAGGGACCGCUAUGAGGAAUUAAAACAGAUAGAUGAUGCUAUGAAAGAGUUGCAGAAGAAGAAAACUGAAAGCUUGACCACUGGCAGUACCGAAAAGUGA